CAUCAACACAUCAAUCAAAUUUGCAAUCUUCACAUCACAAAUCAAAGAUUGCAAACAAACUAAACCCAAUCAAUGGCAAUGAAUUUUGCAGUGAAACUUGCCCUACUUAUUGCAGCAACAUCAGCCAUAUCUGCCAUUGCCAUGCCCAUCAAGAACUGCAACAACACCAAUACACCAAUCUGGAAUCACACCAAUACCAAUACCAAUACCUUUUGGGGCGUCGGCUACGGCUACGGCUACGGCCACAAGAACAAUGCCAGUCAUGUCUCCACCACGCACGUAGUCGGGGGAUCCGACAACUGGCGCUUCGGCUUUAACUACACCGAUUGGGCCAUCAAGUCCGGCCCCUUUUACUUAAACGACACUUUAGUGUUUAAGUAUGAUCCUCCUAACGGCACGACGUUCCCACACAGCGUGUACCUCCUGCCGAACUAUCGGAGCUUUGAGAACUGCGAUCUCCGGUGGGCAAGGAAAAUUGGCGAUGCGAAUGCCGGGGAUGGGGAAGGAUUGCAGUUUGUGUUUAAACGGUGGCAGCCGCAUUACUUUGCGUGCGGCGAGCGCAACGGCUUGCACUGCAAGGCCGGGCUCAUGAAAUUCACGGUCUGGCCGAAGAUCCCAGCUUGGAACUAUUGAUGGCUACCUUAAAUUAAUUAGCUCAGAUCUUAUGGUUCCAAAUUGUUAUUCUCAUUCAGUCAAAUUAAUGUAUGCAUUUUUAUAGAAUAAGCUCUGUCUUUGUAUUGUGAUUCUUCGAUUCAUCGAUCUAUGUAAUGGUAUUAAUGUUGUUGCUGUUUAUUUCUUGAAUUAUAUAUUGAGAAUAUGAUAGGCUAGUAGUAGUUCUAUUGUGAUCUCUAUUUGAUGUUUUGUGAGGCUGC